CCUUCUUAGUCCAAGACCACCACUGCUCGUCGCUGCUGCUCGAGUAAGCGUCCUCAGCGGAUACCGCCAACUACAAAUUCACUCGGAUCGUCACUGAAUCCUCCUAGUACCUGGGUAAAACUUUCCGUCGGAUGGUUUUGUUUCCUGUGGAGAACAUUAUUGUGUUGUUGGUGUUUUUUUUUGAAAUAUUUUAGUGAAUCGUGGUUUUUAAGUGCAGCAAGUGGUCCGCAUUCUGAUUUCAACGUGAGGAGUAAAACUUGCGAGAACGCUGUCACUUGAACCCUUCUCCCACCCGCUCAGCGGCAAAAACAUUCCCACGUGGUGGCCGUCUUGUUGGUAUCACGGAAAGAGUUAAGAAAAAUAAUCCCGUAGGCCUGUAUACACAGGAAAGUGUUCUUCCUUCUCAGAAGAAGUAAUUUUAAAAUCAACAUAAGAAAAGGACGAGAGUUCGAUCCUAUUCGCAGGAAAAGAAGAAGUCUUCUACGAAAGCAAAGCUGAAGGACACUGUUACAAACUGUCGUCAGUUAAUAGAAUGUUCAUCAGUUCGCUGACGCUGACAGCCGUGAUUCUGGCAUGUUUCUGCGUUGCCCGUGUGUCGGAAGCUAGUACUACCACGUCGACGCCUUCCUCAGGCGCCGGGACGCAAGCAUCAUCGCGUCGCGGGAACCAUCACCAUCACCAUCAGGAGACAGAGGACAGUGGCGGCGGGUUCCAUUCUGGUCCCAUGAAGAUUCACAACUUCAUAUCGACGGACGCUUUGUACGACGGCGAACAGGAGCGCCGGGUUCACUACAACGGCGUCACAGCGAAGGAGACGGCAGUCACGACCCUCGGGGAGGGUAACAGCACGAGAGAAUCUGUGAAAUUACGCCAAGUCACAGAUGGCACACAUUUCAUUCAACUCAUCUACGGAGCGGACAAUGAAAUACGAGACUGUGAAUUCCUACGUCAGAAGAAAAUAGUGCGACACUUCCUCGAGAGUUUCCGCAAAGAUAUUCAACGCGCAGUGAUACCAAGCGGCGGUGAAAAUUAUUACAGUGAGGACGCCGAAGAUGGGCAGUCGUUUCGUAACGUGACGUUCCAAAUCUUGGACCGCGGCUUCCCAUUGCCGUCAGACAUUUCGGAGUGGCUGAAUUUCGAGAAAUUGAAACAGCAGUGCGAAAAGAUCCAUCGCGAGAUGAAGAAACUCCUGAGGCACAAAGAUCACGGGACGGAAGCACAGAAGAGGCACGCCAACAACAACUUAGAAAGGAGGAAACGAGAGGUGAUGGAUUUGUUCCGGGUUCCGGGUACAAAGUGGUGCGGGAAAGGACGGACUGCCCGGAAGUACACUCAUCUGGGAGGCUUCGGAAUGGCCGACAAGUGUUGCAGACUUCACGACACCGCCUGCCCCUUGCACAUCUCAGCGUUCGAGGAGAAGUACGGUCUGUUUAACUGGCGAAUCAACACGAUAAUGCACUGCACCUGUGACGAAAGAUUUCGGACGUGCUUGAAGAUGGCCGACACUGGUCCAGCCAAUCUCAUAGGGAAACUGUUCUUCAACAUUGUGCAAACCAAAUGCUUUGUGCUGAAGCCAGAGAAGCUGUGCGUGAAGCGGUCGUGGUGGGGGAAAUGCCUCAAACAGGAGUACAGGAAGCAGGCGUACCUCAGAGACAACAUCCCUUAUUGAGGAACAUGGCGCAGCGCGCAGUCAUUCAUGAAGAACAGAAAUAUGCGACUCAGAGCACGCGCAGUGCCUCUGGCCGCGAGUGCUGCCAAAGGAAGUCAUCGUCAUCGAGUCUGUCAUCACUCGUCAUCGUCAUCAUGACGCGAAACUCCUUUCCCGUAACUGAAGUCUGAAGUUCGACAUUAAUUGUUCAAUACUCCUAAAUAAACAAAAAUUUGACAGUCCACUGUAGAACAGAAAGUUUCAGGACAAAGUGUGUGAGUCCCUGCAGGCAAGUUAUGUAAUAAUUUAAAUAUUCUGGAAUAAAUAGUUCCAUAAUUUCGUUUUUAAAUGCUAAUAUAACAAGAAAAAUUUUUUCAGGAAAUUGCAAAUGCAUAUUCAGUUUUACGAUAGCUCUUAUUUACAACUUCAUUCUAGGCACAAACAUGAAUUUGGGAUAGUUGCUGUGUUGCCGAAACGGCGGAAUAAAGCCGUUUUAACUUCACCGCCAAUUCACAUUCUCUUCUUGUACUCUUAGAGAGUUGUGAAGAACUCUUACUUAGAGAAUCCAUCGUCAUUUCAUCAAACACCAAAACCCACAUCAAAAGACUGCAUUUCUUCCUAAUCAUAGGAAGGCAUAUUCAUUAAGAAGACUGUACGCAUUUUAGGAAAUGAAUCUAUGUCGACGAAAUAUUUACGUAAGGAACUUUGUUGUUUUUGUUCGGUGCUGAGUUAAGUACCGCCACAAAGCUAAGUGCCAAAUGUCCUUAACACAUGUACAAAAACAUAUGUACUUACAUUUCCAGGUCACAUUGAAAAAUAUGAGUUGUUAUUAAUAUGA